AUGAGCGUGCAGCUACCCCCCGCCACUCACCGCCAGCGCGUGCUGCCCCAAGGCGAACUCGAAGCCGCAUCAACCCUGAAGCUGGGAGCAGACCAACACACCCACACCCUCUCCCUAUCCGAGGCCCGACUUGUCAUUCACAAGGUGUUAGAAAACAAGCGGCGCGGUGGAAACAAGUACGAGGAGCCGGAGAAUCUGACCAAGACCCUGGACUACCUGGAUGUGUUUGCCCGGUUCAAGGACGAGGAGAACAUCAAGGCGGUCGAGCGAUUGCUGAACUCGCACACGGAGCUGGAGAUGUUCGAACGAUCGCAGCUGGGCAGUUUGUGUUGCGAUAAUGCUGAGGAAGCCAAGUCCCUUAUUCCCAGUCUUCAGCACAAAAUCUCCGAUGCCGACCUGCAAGAGUUACUGGACGAGCUGACCAAGCUGCGCAACUUCACCGAGUAA